GGAGACUUUCCCGCCAGCCGGAGGCUAACUAGACUGCCCCGCUAUCGUCGCAGGCGAAAUCGCGGGGUCUCGUUUAUAAGAGCAUAACCUUCCCGCAGAGACUUUCUGCAAAUCGAAUUGACCAUAUAGAUACAUACUUUCGCCGCCCUGUACGGUAUACUUCUUCCGCGAUGGAUCCUAACGCCUACUCCGAGUUCCACGCCUUCACCACCCCGGCCAUCGCCGCCCUCUCCUUCGACGCCGCCACCUCCCGCCACAUCCCCUUCCGCGCGCGCACCCGGCACCGACACGCAACCUGGGCGCGCACGCACUUCAGCCGUCCGGAGCUGUACCUGCAGCCGCGUUCGAUCCCGGAGCUGCGGCUGAUCGUCGACCUCGCGCGGAAGCUGGGAAAGCAUGUUGUCGUUGUGGGCUCGGGACACUCGCCCAGCGACCUGACUUGCAGCGCGUCGUGGAUGGUGAACCUAGACGAGUUCCACGGCGUGGUGGCGGAGGAGCCGGAGAGCCGUGUGAUUACUGUGCAGGCGGGGAUGCGGCUGCGGGAUCUGAUCGUGGAGCUCGAGGCGCGCCGGUGGGCGAUGCCGAAUCUCGGCAGCAUCACCGACCAGAGCAUUGCCGGCGCCAUCGCGACUAGCACCCACGGCAGCAGUCUCAAGCACGGCAUCCUGAGCGAGAGCGUCGUCGCGCUGACUAUCAUGCUCGCGAACGGGAAGGUCGUCGAGUGCUCGCGCGAGCGCAAUGUGGAUCUGUUCUGCGCGGCGCUGGUCUCGCUCGGUGCGAUCGGGAUCGUCGUCCACGUCGCGUUCCGCGCUGUUGCCGAGUAUAAGGUCCGCUGGGAACAGGAGGUGGUCAAGCUCCCGAGGUUCUUGAAGUCCUAUGAUAGCGUGUGGGAUGAGAGCGAGUUUGUGCGCUGCUGGUGGUUCCCGUACUCCGAGCGGACGAUCGUCUGGCAUGGAAAGAAAGUGGAGGAGGAGAUUCAGUCGCCGCCCGAGAGCUGGUACGGCGCGAGCUUUGGACGGUAUACCUACGAGGCCCUGCUGUACCUUGCCAUCUGGUUCCCGAGCACGAUGCCGUACGUGGAGCGGUUCGUGUUCAAGAUGCAGUACGGACUGGAGGAGGGAGUCAAGGGAAGUGCCGUGGAGAACAGCCACCAGGCAUUGACCAUGGACUGUCUAUUCUCGCAAUUCGUGAACGAGUGGUCGAUCCCGCUUCACAAGGGGCCCGAAGCCAUCACCCGUCUGGAGCACUGGCUCAACGGGCGCAGCGAGCUCUCCGGCAUCCCCAUUUCGUCCGCCGGUAUUUUCGUGCACGCGCCCAUCGAAGUCCGCGUCACCGACUCCAGCACUUCCAGCAACCCCCGCGCCUACCUGGACCAAUCCAUCGCUGACGGCCCGACCCUCUACCUCAACGCGACGCUCUACCGCCCGUUCCUGCGGAACAUCCCCGAGUGGCGCCGCUACUACGAGGCCUUCGAGUACCUGAUGAAGGACCUGGGAGGAAAACCCCACUGGGCUAAGAACUUUGUCACCCCGACCGCGGACGACGUGUGGAGCAUGUACCCCGACAUGGAGAAGUGGGUGCGCAUCAGGGAGAAGUGCGAUCCCACCGGCGUGUUCGUGGGCGACUGGCUGAAGAGAUGCAUUCUUGACGGCCAGGAGGCAAAGAGGGCCGUUGCCGAGGAGAAGGCUGGAGAGGGAGACGGAGGGUUUGUGGUCGUUGGCGAUGAUGGCCAGGAGAUUUGAGAUUUGAUCUCCCAUCAUUCUCCGGCCCCCGCCCCGUCUGUUCAUACCUUUCUUUGGAAUUUUCAUCGGGCGGUUUUUUCUUCUUUUUUCUUCUUUCUUUUUCAUCGGCCAGCUUAUUUCCCCACUCUAUGUAUGGUGGUCGGUACCCUUUUCUGGGUUGUUUUACCACGGCGUUUGAUGUUUUUACAACGAUGGGAUUCGGUUUAGGGGGAAUGCCCAAGUCUCUGACGAACUGUAUGUACAUAAGUAAGCAAGACACACUUCCGCAGGCUGCAGGAAUAGCAUGUAAGACAAGACAGGAUACGGGUGGUCACUGGUCAUGUGCAUUGUACGCAUAUUGUUUCACAUUCACCGAGCACCUCUGUGAGUGAGCAAUGAGCAUGCCAUGCGUUUUGUUUUGUUUCGUGGCUGGCCUAAAACCAUAACACUGGGGGAAC